CCAUUUUAAAAAUUGCUUUAAAAUACAAGAACGCAUGAUUCCCUAAAAUUUUCCAAUUUUUUCUCCUCCCUUUCUUUCUCCAAACCCUAAAAAUGGGUGACAAAAUUGAUGUUGAGAAGCUGAUCUCAUACAGUGAUGAUCUAGUCCAGUUUUUGAAAAAUGAAAAAGACAUCAAUUCCUUGAAGCAUUGCGUUGAACAAUCCGACACACUCCACUCCCGUUGCCGCUCUGAUCAUACUGGACUUCACACUUCUCUUCAAGGUUAUCAUAAACAGAUAGACGCGUGCAAGCAAAAGAUAGAAGCCGCAAAGGCUGAAGUGGCUUCAGAUGUAGAGAUUCAUUUGCUUCAGAAAGAAUUGGAUGAGGAGAUUCAGAAGGAGACAUUGCUACGAGAGGACCUUAGAGUUGUCACCGGUCAAAUUAAAGACCUUGAAGAGCAAAGAAGUUUUAUUGAAGAAAGAAGGCAGGCUCUCAAGAAACUUGAACAUGAUGAAAUGAAGACACAGAAGAAGCUGUCAAUGUAUGCAUCGGUAACCAAAAUAAUCCCAGACUUAAAUGAGCAGUCCAAGAUAUAUGGACAUAUUGUUGAUAAAGAGAAGCUAGUAGUUGAAAAGUUCGAGUUCAGUUCCCGGGAGGACUACACUUUUUUCUCAAUUCUGGGGAACAUUCAAUCACAGCCAAACUUAAAAGUGAAGGGAGUUGUGUCUCUGGCAGAUCUCUAAGCUUAGGACAUAACCAUAUUCCAAGAUGUUGUAGGCUGGUGAGGUGUUGCAGGCCCUCUGAAACUGUAAAAAAUAAUAAAUGUAGUCUAGUUAGAGAUGAUGGAAGAAGAAAAGAUGAUAUAUCUUCUGCUUCUGCACCAAAUGAAACCACUCUGUCUGAAUUUCUACCAUUCAAUAUAAGUGUAACAAGUGAGGCUGGCUCUGAAA